AUGCACCCAUCAUCUUACUCGUACUCGUAUCCCUCCUCCAUCAUCUCAUCCGUCGAGGGCCACAGCACGAUUAUUCAUUCUACCUCGAACAACACACUAGAUAACCAGGCAGCAGGGUCAAGUCAGAUCUUCGAAGAGCUGAUCUCUAAAGAUUUUAUGGAAUCCCUGGGCUUCGAUACCAGUGGCCUUGACCUCAAUGGCAACAUUAAGAAAAUACUGUCAACCGCCCCCGAAUUCGAUCCAGAUCUUCUGGAUUCGCUCUUCGCCUUUAUCAACUUCCCGGAUCCCAGUGGAAGCUUUGAAAACGGGCACUCCGAGCCAAAUCCGGAGUUAUCUAUGACAACGUAUCCGACGGUGGGAGGCAGCCAGACGUCACACGAUACGCCGCCCGCGCAUGCUGUCGCAUGCCCGUCAGCGACGCCCUCUGCGUAUGCGUCAAAUGCUAGGGUUAGGAACGGCACGACGGGGAAUGGUACGAGCCUGUACACUACCACAGGCAAGGCAAAGACGGCGUUGGCCACCAAAAGCCAUCGCCAUUCUCCUUAUCAAUCCUCAAGGAGACGUCUGGCUCCACGGAUGCACGUGGAGGAGAGGACUCGCGGGGAGAACAGCAUAUACAAUGAUAUGCACGGAAUGGACAUGCAGCGUACACAAGAUAAUCCACCGUAUUUCCGCCCUUCCACUGGAGAGCCAGAAGAACAACAAAAUUUAAUAUUCCAACAGCCCAACAAUGACGACAAUAGCUCCGGUAUAAACACCGUCGAGCGGGUCAAUCAAGGUGGGAGUCAUGCAACAGCUGUUCGAAGUUUCAGCAGCGUUGGGACUUCAUCACAGAAUCUCCAGAACUGUGAUGAUGCGACCGAGUCGCGUUCAAGGGACCCUAGAAAAGGCUCGAGUCGGACGCCUAAAGGUCGCAACCGCGAUCAAGUUAAAAGAGAUCAACGGAGCACAAGGUCAAUGGACCCAUUGCCUGUGUCCGGCGAUGGAAAUGGUGACGCGCCCAUACCAGGCGAAGUGAAAAAGAAGGGGAAACAGGGCAAGCGAUAUGAUCGCUUGCUAUUCCACAACCAGGCGCCAAAGCCUCAGGAAAAUGUGGGGCACGGGGAAUACCUGCAACAAAGGGCACUGACCGACCAAAUACUGACAUUGGACCACAGAAAACACCCAAUCGAUGAUGCCUCGGCAAUAGUCCAGUCGAAGGAAACAAGAUUCAAAGUUCAAGUCGGCCACGCCAUGUCUAGAAUUCAACUCGUAUUAUGCGAGGACAUCCAAUUUUCAAAAAUCUACUCUCGUUGGGGAAACCGGCCGGAACCGGCAAAAAUUGCCGAAAAGUUCAUCAUCAUGAAUCAAUCGGAGCAAAAUCGGAGUUGA